AUGGAUUUUGUCAGUAUCACGGAUGAAAGCAAUAAUAAGUACAGCUAUAAAAGAUAUAACGACUAUGCCUUCAUCAAGGAGGUCGUUGGCAACGUCGGAGAUCAUUUGCAAGAUAUAUCGCAACUGCAAUGUAAAACCGAUGAUGUUCUCAUAGGCGUAUUUCCAAAGUCAGGUACACACUGGCUCUACAACACUGUGAUGAUGUUACGGACUGGCUCAUUGGACUAUCAUGGCACCCCGAUUUUGAUGGAAUAUCAAGACAUAAACAUAAUAGACAACAUGAUAUCGCCAAGGACAUUUGGCUCCCACCUGCGCUUCCGGUUUCUCCCUCAGGAGAUGAGGCACGGUAAAGGGAAAGUCAUCACCAUUAUCCGGGAUCCCAAAGACAUUGUAGUUUCUCUGUAUCACAUGUUACACUGUAUAGGCGAUGUCGGAUACUCUGGAACGUUUGACGGCCUCUUAAAGCGGUUUUUCUCGGAAGAAUGUUUUUGGGGAAAUGGUUCAUGGUUUGCAUGGAUGAAAGAUGUGGAAGAAUGGAAAAGCAGCAACUUACUAUGUGUUUCAUACAAGGACUUUAAGGAGAACCCUUAUGAAACCAUUAUGAAGUUAGCAACAUUUUUAGAGGUAGACCAUGAUGAAAAGUUUCUAAGAGCUGUCGAAAAAAAUGUUCAAUUUGGUGUCUUGAAAGAAAGCCACAACAAUGAAACUCCGGCCAGCGACAGAUGGAAGGAAAUAACCGAAGAUGGACGCCUCCCAAUAUACAGGAAAGGUCAAAUUGGAGACUGGAAAAACACAUUUACAGUGUUCCAGAAGGAAUGGUAUGAUAAAAUAUGCAAAGAAAAGACGACGGAGUUUGGUCUGGCCCUAGAUGUUAACUUCGGAGAGCCGGAAAACAUCCCUGAGAAAUCAUAA